GCACCCAAGCUAUAUACUGUAUACUAUAAAUAUAGCCGGCACGCAUUCGCAUUCGAACUUUUAGAAGUUUUGACUUCGAAGUAGGCCUAAUAAUUGCAGAGUAAAGAGCAUAAUAUAAAUCACUACCAGCAUAUCAUUGUAUGCAUAAUAGCAGUAAAAAUCACUGAAGUUGAUUAUAGAGGCAUCCUUAUCAGACUUAAAGUCAACACUUGAACAUCUGUAGAUCAAAUCUUGCUGCCAGUGCCCAGUAUUUCACAUCAUCCAGUGACGUUUGGAUUCCACCAGGUCCUCUCAUCACGUAAAACCGAGUCUGUAUAUUCUAAAGCAGAAUGUCUUGCCCAUUUGGAGGCGGUGGUGACCGGGUGCCGCAUGGUGAUACAGAGAAAGGCGAUGAUAAGAAGCUCACAUAUGGUAGCUAUCUUCAGCUAGACAAGCUUCUUGAUUGUGUUGGUCUUCAAAGCGGUGCAAACCCUACGGGUAUGCCUGUGCAUGAUGAGCAUCUCUUCAUCAUUACACAUCAGGCUUACGAACUAUGGUUCAAACAGAUAUUGUUUGAGAUUGAUUCCAUCAUAGAUAUACUCGGUCAGGUGCCUGUGGACGAGAAGAAUCAGCUCGUCAUGAUGAACAGGAUGGAACGUAUUGUACAGAUACUCAAGCUCCUCGUUGAUCAGAUCUAUGUCCUUGAGACGAUGACUCCACUCUCAUUCUCUGAGUUCAGAGAUUAUCUCUCACCAGCCUCUGGUUUCCAAAGCUUCCAAUUCAGAUUAUUAGAGAACAGACUGGGAAUAAAACCUACCAUGAGAGUGAGUUAUCAGCGUCGGAAUUAUGCCAGUGUUUACAGUGAGGAGUUACAAGCUACCUUGAAGAAAUCGGAAGAAGACCCUACUUUAUUGCAUGUUGUAGAGAGUUGGCUGGAGAGAUGUCCUGGUUUGGAGCCAGAAGGGUUUAACUUCUGGGAGAAAUAUAAUUACCAAGUUCAAGCAUUCCUCAAUGAUUAUCUCAUUAGAGCAGAGGCUGCAGAGAGUGAAGAAGAAAGGGAUCAGAUUCUGAAUGAUCACAAGUCAUUUAAGGAAACAUUUGAUGUCAUACUAGACACAGAGAAAUACAAGGCACUGCUGGCAAGAGGUGAUGUUCGAAUCUCUCACAAAGCUCUACAGGGGGCGCUGUUGAUAUCCCAUUACAGAGAAGAAGUUCGCUUCCACCAACCCUACCAGUUUAUGACAAGGCUUAUGGAUAUUGAUUCUCUUCUCACAAAAUGGAGAUAUAAUCAUGUUAUGAUGGUUCAGAGAAUGAUUGGUUCUAAACCAGGAACAGGUGGCUCAUCUGGUUAUCACUAUCUUCGAUCUACUGUUAGUGACCGGUACAAGGUAUUCCUUGACCUGUUCAAUCUCUCUAACUACCUCCUCCCCAGGAAUUACAUCCCUCCCCUCACUCCCGUUAUGAAGCGCACACUGUCCAUCCCCAACCUCAACACCAGCGUGGACGGUGGAAUGUUCCGCAGGUUUCACAUCGGCAGCCCUAGUAGGAGUGGAGGAGGUCUCCUAUCAUCUAGUCCUAGCUCACUUGGGAGGGGAAGCUUGCCUGGGACACCUGAAGAUGCUAUUUUUGAAGGGCUGAGUUCUUCCGAUGGUGAUGAGGAGGAUAGUGACCAAUCUCCUCAGGGUAAUGGUCAAAUUGUAUUCUCUGCAUAAAGGAUGCUACCAUGCAGAGAUGCAUCUGCAAAGUUGAAGGAACUUAAAUGGACCAUUUAUUGAGUAAAAAUACAGAUGGCCACAGACAAAGUUGAUACGUUUACUGAAAUGAAUAUAUCGAGCAUUUAUUUUUGUAUUUUAAAUUUUUUUAUAUUGAAAAUGUUCUUGUCUUUGCAAAGUGUAAAGUAUAUCUUUUCUAUGAAAGACUGAAUCUAACACUGUUUUGUUUACAUGCAAUCAAAAACAAUUUGAUUUUGAAGACAAAUCUUUUUCUUUCUUUUUUAAAAGUAAUGAUUAUGUCUAGAUCUGUUUUUUUAUAGUCUGAGUGGGCUGAAAGUCUGAGAUGAAGACUUGAAUCUUAAUAUCCAAGACAGAUGUAGGAGCCGAUCAGGAGGUCAUUUCCAUGGGAUGAUGGUAUUUCCUGUGCACACAUGCUGCAUAUGUAUCAAUUGUAUUUAGAUAUGAUGGAUGUGCAGUUCCAUGAAAUGAUAUUGUCUUGUACCUCUGACCUGUUUUUCUCAUUUUACUUCUCUUCUUGGGUCAUGAGAAAAUGAGAGCACAUUCCUUCAUAUUAACAAAAUUAGUAGAUAAAAUUAUGGUAAAUCAUUUUAGAUAAGUCCCUACUCUUAGGUCGCUUUCAUACUGA